GCUCGAGGCACAUAUUCAAUAUGGGGGCGUGAGUGAGUUUCGUUUUUGUCGGUGGCUGCCGGAGAAAGCAUUUCAAGCCGAUUCCCACGUAUUUUGGUACAGAUUACGAACCAUCAGUUAUCUCCAACCACCUGUGGAAGGCAACACAAACUUUGCUUGCAAUGUAAACCAAACUCCGAGCCACAAUGCCUCCAGCAGUGGAGGCAGAGUUUCUCUGGGAACAAACUUUUAACGCGAAAAAAUUCGACGUCAAGUACAAAGUCUCUAUCCCGAGCGAUGUUUCAGUGAAGGAGAUAGUGUACCAGAUUAUGAAUGAUCACAACCUGCCGUGCUACGUUGAAGACGACCUCACGGAAAGUUUGUCAAAGUUCAUUGAAAGAGAAACGGGGUCGUACUACGAUCAAAGUGCGACCGAUGCCAUAGAGAAGUUUCAGAGAGACGGAGAUGUGGAGUCCUUAGCGCAGAGAUGGGGCAAAGCAUUUCGAGAGGAACACUUGCGCUAUGCAACUCGAGAAGAAGAAACGGUAGAAUCCAAAUUCUCUGCAAUGUACCACACUCUGAUCCAUUCACCAGCUUUGGACACAAUCCUGAGCCUGGAGCACGCCUACGCCUUGGCUGUUGGAGAACUAGUCCGAGGACGGGACGAUACACUGGCCAAACUGCAAGCGAGGCAAACGGCUGAGAUGGAACGUUGUGUCCAGCAGGUGGGAAUGGGACUCACCGAUCAGGACAUCAACGGCAUAGCUGCCAGGCAUUUCGAUGAAAAUCAGACAGUGAUGGCGCAACUGGACUCCAAGAUUGACGACCUAAAAUGUACCCAGAAACGGGAAUUCCGAGAGUGGAUCAGGACCGUUUACGAAGACUACACUUCAUCGAAAGGUGGCAGGGGAUUCGGAGAGAGGAUGCGUGCUGCUACGAAGUCCUUCAUCGGCCACGAUGGCGAGGACUGGGCGCCUCCGCCGUUUCGGUUAUCCGAGAGUUUCACCAUUCACCUCGGAUCACAGCUAAAGGUCAUGCACAAUCUCAGACUCCUCUCAGCAGACGUUUUGGAUUUGUGCAGGCAUACAACAAAUAAGAUGGGCCUUCCAGCACCUCAACGUCUGCACAUAGCAAUGUCCCUCUAUUCCAACAGCCUCUGUGGUCUCGUUCUGAUGGUGGACAACAGAAUAAACUCUUACGUGGGAAUCAAAAGACAAUUUGCCGCCAUCUGCCAUCAGUCGACGGAACUUCAUUUUCCCGACGUCGACCAACAGCUCGAGAACAUUCGAAAUAAAGCCCGCGAGGCUGCAGAAAUUCGUGCUGCCAGCUUACUGGGGUCGGAAAGCUCUUCCAGCCAGUCCAGUCGGAGAUCCAGUUUCUCGGGACAUGAUCACACGAAUUCCAGCAGUCCUACGCUGCAAGCCGGUGACUUUUACGUCACGCACCAUUCCAACCUGUCGGAAGCGCACGUCGUGUUCCACAUGGUGGAAGACGACACCCUACGAUCGUCCGACAUCACAUCUCGUCACCCCGUCAUACUGGGCCUGCGGAAUAUGCUGCGAGUGGCGCACGAACGCGACGUCUGCAACGUCACCAUUCCCCUCCUACUAGUCCACGAGCUGUACGAGGAGAUGACCAUUCCCUGGUGUCUGAAACGAGCGGAACUCGUGUUCAAGUGUAUAAAAGGAUUCAUGAUCGAGCUGGCAUCUCUCGUCGGAGAAGAGACGCGGACCGUUCAGUUCAUGGUUCCACAGGGAAUUUCGGAGGACCUGUUUGCCAACCUUUCUGCAAUGCUCUCUUCGAUAUUCCGAAUAUCUAACCCGCUGGUUCUCAAGUGAACUAACUUAUUAUGUUAUGCGAGCCCUCAGCUGCGAGCCCUCCUUAAAUAUCUGAUAUUUUGACAACCAAGAUGUAUUACUACCUGAUUUUCUAAAAGGUCCAAGUGCCACCAGAUUUUAUGAAGGCACGGGUUUAUGUGUGAUCCAUGUAUAACUUUUAAUACAAUGCAACAUUUUUUUUUGUAUGUAUAAUGCUAAGGAAACAAACAUAAAAAUACUUUGGUUCGAAAAACGUGGCAGGUGCUCCCAUUUGCUACGUGUCCAGUUUUCGAUAGAGUUCCUCGCCACGAGAAAAACGCUCAGGUCCACGGCAUCCAGCCGCACCACGUAAGGCCAAGGACAAGAGGGUCGCUCGCUUGUUCGAUGAGGCACUCAACCUACGUGCGACAGUUCAAGACAUUGUCAAUAGCAGUCAUGUUUAUUAAUACUGUAUCUAUGCGGCUAUAAACUGGAGCUGUGCGAAUAGCAAAAUUUCUUAGCA